AUGGCACCGUUGAAGCGCCGCCGAGAAGGUCGACCUCUCCAAGCAGCUGCCGGAGAGGUCUCAGCCGUGUCCGUGGACGAGGAGGUGAUGUCUCAUGGUACCAUGAAUGACGAUGAACCGAAUACAGUUCUCCGGUAUGGCGUGACCAAUGGUUCUAUGUUACCAUGGACUGGUGCCAAACUUCCAGACUUGCUGCCAGAGGUGCACUUUUCUGGAAAGGUUCUGCCUCCAGAGGCAGCCGGUUGCGGUCCGGACCAGCUCGCCUUCUUGCUGAGCAUGCUGGAAGCCGAAGAGGUCGACUUCGUCAUAGCUCCGGCGAAGGAUGUUGGCCUGGAGUUGCCGCAUGGUCUGGUUGCCGCUGCUGUCCUCCGUGAGGAUGCUCGUGACGCGUUUGUCGCUCGACCGCAGUUGGCGCAUGUUGGAUCGCUUUCUGACCUUCCACCUGGCAGCAAAGUCUGUGUGUCUGGCGCACGGCGUCGGAUGCAGCUCGCCGCGAGGUUUCCCGAGCUCUGCAUUGAGGAAAGCAAGUUGCCUUGCCAGAGCGUCCUUCGACGCUUGUACAGCCUUGAUUAUGAUGCAGUUGUUGCAGCAGCAGCUGGCCUGCAUAGGACGGCGCUGCGGAUGUCUGACGAAGUGUCGCCACUGGACAUCGAUGAACUCAUGCCCGCAUUGUGCCAAGGUGCGCUUGCAAUGUUAUGUCGGGCCAAAGAUGAGCAGAUCGUGUCCUUGUUGGGGGCUUGCGAUGAUGCAGCAGCACGAACCUGUGUAGUUGCAGAGCGCGACCUAAUGAAACAGCUGGGAAGGUUGCCGGAUGAUGCAGCAGUGGGAGGCGUCGCCGAGCUAAGGUCCGGGAACAGGUUGUCCUUGAAGUGCAUGCUGGUCUUGCCAAGCAUUGACUCGGCAUCGCCACGGAUCUUGCAGGCUCACAAAGAAGAUGUCGUUGAAAACAGGGAGGCUUUGGUGCAAAGCAUCGUAGCAGAGCUGCGGAACGAUGCAGAAGUGGCUUGCUUCCAAGGGGAGAGACCAUCUGCUCCAAUCAAAGCAGCUCGAGCCAUGGAAGAUGACGACGAUUUAGAGGACGAUGUUCAAGGCAGCGGCUUAGACUCAACGGAGGCUUUGCCUGGGCUCGGCGCCGAACGGCUUCCAAUCAGCGAGUUUGACUGCGCUGGAGGCACAGCCUACACUGGGCGGGUAUGCGCUGUACUUGCCAAUCGCCGAGGAGUUCUAGUUGACAUCAACUGCGAGACGCCCGCGUUUUGGUGUCCGGAGCUGGUGUCUACCCCUUCAUCGGCAUCUUCAUCUCGAAGUGGAUCCUCCAAAUCUGAGCGCACAUGUGCUGGCCCAGAGGAGCUUCCACGGCUCGGCAGUGAAAUGGAGGUCUAUUGCUGCCCCAGGCACAGUGGGUGCCUUCGCGCUCUCCGUGAGCCACCCCCGCGGUUGGCCAGGCGCGCCGGAGUUGCGCCCCUUCGUCUCGAGGAGCUGCGGCCAGGGCUUGGACCAUGGCGUGCUAUUGUUAUAUCUGCGACGGAUGAUGGCACGCUGGUCGAUUUCAAUUGUGAGAUUCCAGGGCUGCUCCGGUCGGAUCAGAUUCAUCUCCGUGGUGAGGAGCUGCGAGUGUACUGCCAUCGAGUCGAUGUCCCGGUGAGGAUGUGCAUCGUCAGCACCGUCAAGGAGACGAGGGCUGAGACUUCCAGGAGGCAACUCGAGGACCUCAUCUCUGGGGACACAUCUGCAGGGAUUCGGGGCACAGUCUUGCGUGUGACGGGAUCCGGCGUUUUCGUAGACGUGAACUGCGAGGUCCAAGGAUACCUGUCGCCUAUGGACAUUGACAUGAUGGCAGCCACGUCUCUUUGCAAAGGGUACGAGGUGACAGUGUAUGUGAAGUCGGUGAACCUCGUGAAGAGACAAGUUGCGUUGUCAAUGCAUCGGAUGCGCAAGGUCAGGGUCAUCAAUGGUCAAGGUAUAUCCGAAGCUGCAUAA